AUGUCCCGUCAUACCAUGCCUCUCCCUCGCAUCCCAGACCUGAGUCUCCCGUCUUUUCGAGAGCUCGACGAGUCUAUCGAAGCCAACAGGCGCAACCAACCGAGCUCGCAUAUUUCUAACAAUACGUAUGAUGGAACAGAUAACAGUUCCUCGUCUUCGCCACAAAAUAUCAAUAACUUUCGCAACCCGUACCCACCCUAUCCUGCCAAUGGAUGGCUGGUCCCGCCUGACCCCAGCCAGAAUUUCCCGCGCCCCCAGCUCUCCCUGCGCCUGAAGGAAUCUCGGCCAUCGCCAAGCCCCACGCAGUCGACUCUCAGCUCCGCGCAGACGACACUCCGCGGGCCUCUAUCUCCAAGCGCCCCGAUAUCAUCAACCCCGGAGAAGGUCUCCCCCAAUCAAACUCGACAAAUCGUGUCAAACCGGCAGCCACCCAAUGAGCAGGUUCGCCGCCAAAGGGUCAACCGCAAUUCAGCCGCCAACCACCGAGCCCAGAGACGGCGAGUCGGCGUUCAUUUCUCAGAGGUGGCAGCGCACACCGCAAAGUGCGACGUAUGCAACAAACGCAACAAGAACGGCAUGGCUCGUUGCCAGUACUGUGGCUGGCAAAUCUGCCACAAAUGUCUGACCGACCGAAACGGAGACCGAACUCACGCUUCCUUUGGAGCUACUCAUGUCCCCGAGGGCGGCGGCGAUAUGCCAGUAUCUCUGCCAUCCGUGGAUGGGUAUCAAGACCGCCGAUCCUCCCAGUCAAUUGCAGUUAUGACGGCCGCGCAAACCCUGCUGGAUCUUGGAUCUUUCAGUAACGGAACUGCAACCCCUAGUGGCACAGGCGAUGUGGCAAGUAAGGCAACUAGACAGAAAGUGGCUGCACGCGGCCCGGGCUUGCAGCAGCAGGUUGAUGCUUUGUCCACUGAUUCUGAUAUGACAUUGUCGGUUGUUGGAGAAGAGGAGUGGCCUCAAGAUGAGUCUGAUUUUCCUAUUGGUGAGGACGGUCUGCCCCUUGGGUACGUCAUAACACGACGCAACCCUGCGCGUGCUGCAAGACCUUCUACGAAGAUGGCGGAGUAA